AUGUACUUAAAAAUUGGACGAUGCGAGGAGGCACUAUCAGAUACCCCUAGCAACCUCAAAGUCGAGGAAGAUGAAGACAUUGCAACUAAACCCAACGAAGAUUUCGCAUUUGACGAAACCACACUGUGGAAUUUAGUCCGCGAGCACGAAGAGGAACUUCGUCGAAGUCGAUUAGGGGAUUUUGGGACCGUUCCGUCGACCGUGACCACAGAAGAUAAGUCUACGAUGAGUCCAACUGCUGUACCUCAAACCACGAAUACUCCGAUUACAAAUCUGUCAUACCCUUCUGAGGAAAUAAUGUCAAAUAAUACAAUGUCAACAACAGAGACAACUGAAGAUAACCCACAGAUGGAAUUAGAUGAAGAUGAGCCGAUUGAGACUGAGGAAAUUCCUGAAUCUGACCCCAGACCAGCAUCUUUGAUAGCUGUGAGUAAUCUGCUGGAUCCCGGAUAUAAUCGAGAAAGCUGCCUAAUAAUGCCGGACAUCCGAGCUUGUCAAAGCAUAAGAGCAUCUGAAGGGUAUUUGUGGUACUACGAUCAAAUCGAGAAGCAAUGUCUCGCCACUUCUGACUGUAUUUUGAAUGAAAAUCGAUUUGAAAGUGAAGAGGCUUGCCAAUCCACCUGCCAACCCAAAAUGCCAUUCAAAAGGUGUCUAGCACCGCCCAAAGUUGGUUACGCUCAAUGCGCUUACAGCGGCACGCCUGGGGGACCGGCGCUGACAAUUCAAAAGGCCUACUUCGACAAGGUCCUUGAAAAGUGCUCCUGGUUCGUUUAUCUCGGUUGUGGAGGAAGUGAUAAUCAAUUUCCUUCAAUCGAUGAAUGCAAUAAUACUUGCAUGUCUUUGGAAGCCCUGACAAUUACUCGAAAAAGCGCUCGAGAAAUAUGCGAACUUCCACACAUGCUCUCAGAUGGGCCCAAUUGUGAUGAUCUUGGGCAGAUGUCGUCUCGAUGGUACUACGACCAGAGUACAGGUCUCUGCAAGGAGUUCGGGUAUGCCCAUUGUGGUGGAACAGCUAAUAAUUUCCUGUCGAAAUCAUCCUGCGAACUGUAUUGUGGAGCUAAAAAAUUAAGCCAGGAAGAAAUAUGUGAACUUCCACCGGAAGUCGGUGAGUGUGUCCAACAAACUUCUCAUAAAAUGUGGUACUAUGACAGUGCAAUAGGCGAAUGCUCAACCUUCGCCUACUCCGGCUGUGGAGGCAAUGAAAAUCGAUUCCCAACUCGUACCUCCUGUCUUGAGACAUGUCGACCCCAGCCUGUCACACCUCUGGUCAAGUAUGGCUUCUCUGAAGACGAAGAACAAGAAGAAGCAAUUAUCCUUAGCCAAUUGGAGAAGCCCUCUAUGGAAGAAGUUAUAGCCCUUUCUGAAGAAAAUGACUCAGAUGAUGAAGAACCCCUAGAAACAGAUCCACCAAAGGAGACCCUUGCAACUUUUCCACCUCUGAUUUAUAAUCUCUCAGAAUUUACGCCACAAACAAUUGGUAGGUGGCUGAUCGAUUUUCGAAAGGACUUUAUUUAUUUACAUUAAAUAGCAGGUUUUAUGAUAGUUAUCAUUAGCCCCUUAUAGUUGCUGUCCUAAGCAUUUUUUUUCUUCCAAUCAUUCACAGAUAUUGAACCCUGUAGAAAGCGUCCGGAAACCGGCCAAUGCGCUUCGAUAGAGUGCUUCAAUGAAACUGGCAAUUGUGAACCCAAGCGUCUAAUUAGAUGGUUCUUCAAUCCACGCACCAGUAACUGUGAAAAUUUCGCCUACAGUGGUUGCGGUGGCACUGCGAACACAUUCGAUUCUGCGCAAUCCUGUUCUGUUGCCUGCAAACAGCGCAUUAUGCGACCCGAACGCGACAAACGUUGUGACAAUGAUCCGAAGCGUGAUAGCUGCUACAGUCUGCCUCUUCCACAUCACAAAGAAGCGUCGACUGAGGGCCCGGAGGUACUUUUCUUCUUCAGCAUUGCUAGUGGAACUUGCCGAGCCUUCCACCUUAAGACGACUGGUGAAGGAUGCAGUAGGGACUCCUAUUUCGUUGAUGGACAGGAGUGUUUGAAAGUCUGCACUAAAUCUUCUCCCACAGAAGAGGAUUUGCCAAACCGAUGUUUUGCUCGAAAACGAAGCACAGUCGCUACCAAAUGUCCAUUCGAACAUCAUAAUGUGUCGCGUUGGUCCUAUUUAUCAGACCUCCAACAAUGUGUUCUCUUUUCUGAAUGCCACGAUCCAAAUUCUCAUGUCUCAUCCUCAUGGGGUAACAACUUUGAGACGAAGGAACUAUGUGAAGCCACUUGCAUUCCAAGAGGUCUUAAG